UUUGAAACCAGUUAAGGUCGUGUGAAUGAGGUGGAUUUGAACAGUAGUCGACAUCUCAUGUUUGCUUUCAAGAAGAUUCCGCGUCAAAAAUCUCAGGAUCUGCACGAUGAAACUGACGCGACUAGUAAUUGGAAUAAGCAAAAACUUUUUGUCACUAUGUUUGAAUCUAAACGAGCUCAGAUAAUUGUAUACUUGUCAAGUAGACGUUUAUGUUCCUGCUUCAUUUUACUUGGUUGUGAUACACACCUCGCAAUUUUUGGUAAAGCAAGAUUUACUCACUUAUGUGGGCCAAUGAUCACUAUAUGGGGAGGAAAUAUAAGACCAAAUCCUUCCAGCUCAUAUGAUCUUUAUUCACCUACUUCACACACUCCAUUAUCUAUUACUCAAUGCCCACACGAAAAAUCGGAAUAUGUAAAUAAAAAUGCAGCUCAGGGACUUCAAUCUUCCGAAAUCAAAGUCGCUCUAGAGAGUUUGUGUGAUCCAAGUGAUGUUCAAGUUCUGACAGAACGUCUUGGCAAAGAAAUGAGUGUCUUUCGGGACCAUGUGACUGUUUUACACUUCAGUCCUCAUCGGAGUCGAGUCCUAAACUCACUUUCUGAGAUUAAACGGUUCCGUUUUUUGUUCCAUCUGCCAUCAGAAGGCACUGUACCAAAUGCCUCCUUAGCUAAGUUACUUGGGUUUACUUUUCUCGAACAUGAUGGGAGCCUUGGAUAUCAGGUCGCACCAGAAGUUUCACGUAUUUCACUGAGACUUCGCUCCGUCCCCGUAGUUGAUCCAUGUGAUGAUAAUGUAAGGAAAUUACUAAUUUGUGGUCCGAAGGGUGCUGGAAAGUCAUCUCUACUGCGUUUUUUAUCAAACAUAAUCCUUACAGAUGUGGAAUAUCCUCUUAAAGAAAAGUGUGUUGCAGUUCUUGAUUGUGAUAUUGGGCAACCUGAAUUUACCCCGAAUGGAAUUAUAAGUUUGUGUCUAGUCAAACUGCCACUGUUUGGUCCUCCGUAUACUCAUAUUUUAUCCACUAAUGUAAAUAUUCUCCGUCAGUGUUUUGUCGGUUGCAUUACACCCUCUGAUGAUCCCAGUUUCUACUUGAAAUGUCUCAACUUUGUAUAUGAUGCCUACGUUAAUUUACCUGAACCAAAGCCGCGUUUACUAGUCAAUACAAUGGGCUGGAUGCAAGGGCUUGGAUUAACACUGCUGUUAGAACAAAUACUCUUAGUUAAACCAGACCUGAUCAUUCAGCUUCGUACAACGGGAUCUUCAAAUAAUCGCACAAACUCUCCAGAUCUAAAUAGUAGUUCAUUAAAAACUAUGGACACCUGGAAUUCACGGGACAUUUCCAACGAAACAUUUAAUCAUGAUGUGAUCCUUAUAGAAUCUGACGUCAAAUUGUACAAGUAUAAUACAAUAGAUGACCCACGAUACAAUCUUGGUCCUCCUGAUCAUCGCGAUUUAAUGAUGCUGACUUAUUUUAUGUCCACUUUGGCUUGUGCAUAUACUAGCUUACCUUCUAGACUAAAAGAUGAACCUCUUGGACAUCCAGUAGCACAUUUGCUGGAUUGUAUCCCUUACCAAGUUCCAGUUACUGUUCCAUCUAAACAACAAGAUAAAUGUGGAAACGUAAAUGAACAAAAAAAUGUAAUACUCAGUAGCUCUGUUUCUACAUUUGAUGUUCAGCACGACACAUUAGAAAUUGAUUCGUUAUACACUAAUAAGAAUGAUUCAAAUCAUUUGGCCUUUCGGAUAAUGCGCCCAGAUUCUAAUCUAUUUGCAGAAAAUUUUGCUUUUCCAUCAAGUGUCGAUAGUUUAUUAGCUUGUUUAAAUGCUACCCUAGUUGCCCUUUGCGUUGUACCACAACAUAAUAUAACCGAACCAGAUUCUACUUGCAUGUAUCGUUGGAUAUCAUCUAAUCCGGUUUGUGAGUGUGUAGGUCUAGCCAUUUGUCGCGCUGUUGAUCCUACUGCUGGUGUAAUUUAUUUAACGACUGGUGUUUCUGAGGAUGAUUUGUUAAAAGUGACAGGAAUUCUGCGUGGUAAUGUCAACUUACCCAAUUGUUUUUUCCUAGAUCAGGUAUAAAUGUGCAAAUGUUUUGCAUCCUAUAAUUUCCGUUUUUAAAAAGAAUUAUUUUCAUAACUUUAAAACGUAUUCAGUUGCUUGCUUGCAUUAUUGUUUAAGCAAACAGAAAGCUUAUGGGGUAUCCUCCUGCAAACCUAAUAAUCAAUCUGUAAAAAUAUGUUGUUCUUUCAUCUCGUGAUUCCACGUUGCAUCUAGUAUCCUUAACUGCGACAUUCAUUAUCAGUACAUUGUGUUACGUAUUAUGCAGGUAGUUCACUCUCACUUCUGAAAACAUUUCGAAAGUGAAAUAUUCAGGAAAAUGUCCAUCAUUAGAUUUAUCUAGUCACUCUAAUCACUUUUAUUUGAGUAGUCUCACUCAUACAAAAGACUAUAUUUUUAUCUCCACAUUAAUAAAUGUGCUUAUGGCUUAGAAACUAAUUUAUCUUCUAAAACACACUCGUCCACCAGGAUUAUUAUUUCCUAACUUUAUAUGAUAUCGUAUGUAUCAGCCAUCAUAAAUUUCAACUUGUUGACCUGAUGUUAAGUGGAUGGAGUUAAUCAGUAGUAACUUGAGAAAUGUCUACCGUUUGUUUUGCUAUUCUCGAAUUUCUCAUUCACCACCUGGGUUGUUAUCUCUUAUGUAUAUAAAACAAGUUUGAUUCAUAAUACUAUGGAGUCAUUCCUUACUGCUUACCUUUGAUUUUUCUAUUCAAAGAAUGUAAAUACUUAUGCGACAAAACGAUUCCUAUAAUAUUAGACUUGUCAAAUACUCAUUAAUGUGUAAUCAGUACCUUUUGAAAUACUGUAUAAUAUAUUAUGCAUCAUGCUUUUUCCUUCCCAAAUGAUAUGUAUAUCUUUUGGUCCUGUUGUUUGUAGUUUAGGUAACAGGUCGCACAUAAAAUCAAGUGAUAAUCUAUGGGUAUUAUUUUUUUAGCAAGAUAAAAUAUUCUCCGUUAGUAUUAAUUCUUUACAUAUUUCAAAUUAAUAGUUUGCGUUUUUUCUGUCUUGGAUGUUUUAUCUCAUGUCAUCGUGCCACAUGAUACUAUUAUGAAACGAAUCACCACAUCCUUUCAUGUUCCAUUUCUAGCCUUUUUUUCGGACUCAAGUUUAUGAAGAAACUUCAUCCUUCCUCCCCUACUUGGGUCCAGUCAGUACACAGGGAAAAGGACGUGCAGGUUUACCAUCCAGGCGUUCUUACCCUAAAACAAUGCAUCACGCCACCCAUCGUAUGGGCACUUCAGAUGUCAUGGACUAACUUUGUAUUUAUGCACUCAAAUUAAUCCUGAGAAACCUCUUUAUGUAAAGAUUUCACGUGUGUCUUUUCACCCGAAUAGCUUCAACCCGUUGUUGGUUUCUCUUUGACUACUUUUUAUACCGAAUACAAUUUCAUUAAUAAUUCUAUACCUCAUAUAAAGUUACUUUACCACUUAGACGUGCUACCUGUCAUUGACCAAAAGCUACCCAUCAGUAAUCCUCUCGUUUUAAGUUGUUCCCGAAUAAUAUUCAUAGCCUGUAUGCCUUACGCCAAUUUCCAGGGUCAUAUGUUUCUACGUCUUGUCUCUGUUCCUUUGCUUUGAGAACUCCGAGUUGGGGUUCCCCUUUUGGUGAUGUGUACCGUAAAGUUUGUUCCGUCCACCUCCCUAAUUUCUUCCUCAACCGGCUUGUUCUCUCAGCAUUGGUUACUGCUGGUCUCGCCAAUGAGUUUGGAGUAUCUUGCACAGACAGCUGUUUAUGAAUACCUAGUCAUUUUAAAUGUUGAGGAAAGAUAACGAAUUAUCAACACAAAGUAGAUUUUAACGCACACAAAAACAUACCAAAAGGGUCUUACACCUUUUCUUUUUCUCAGCAAAGCAAUACUAAAGCUGAGAGUUUCCAGUUCCAUCAAUUCGUUUUACGCUUCCAUUGGAAGCAUUAAUGCAACUCCUUUUUGUCUAGAUUGCGUCCAAACACUUUCACUUAGUUCGUAUGAACCAAAGUCCUAUUAUCUACACUCUUAUUUAGAUCACUAUGAAACCCACGUUCGUACAAUUCACGUGCUGACACUAACUGUUGCUUUGGUCGUUAGGCUUGUGGCUUACGAAGAGUCUUGCUCAGUGCCAUGAAGUGUCAUAACUCAACUAAUGGAAGACCCCUCAAUUUCCACACAACAAUUCUAGUGGUCCUUUCUGGUUAGUUUUCUCAUAGCUAGGUUUCACAAAGUGAACUUACUGAACUGGCUUCCAAACUUAAUCCUUCAGUCUAAAUUGACAGCGGCAGUAACUUUUGAAUGGUUUCAGAGGCGUUUAGGUAGUAGUAUCCAUACAUUACGUACAUCAAAGUAAAUCGAGAUUCAAUCACUAUAAGUUAAGCUUUCUCAUAAUGUCUUCGGACUGAAUUAUCUUUUACGCGUAUAUAAACAAACUGAAGCAGCGAUAUUUAGACAAGCAACAAAUGUAAGUCGAUUGUCACGAUAUUUAUUUGAUUUGAGGUAAUAGACACUUCUGCUUGUUUGUUAAAUUUUACCCUAAUUUUUAGGUCGAAAUGUCUCAACUAAAGUUCAGGGUAAAUUUUAGUUUAGUAAAUGUAAAUGUGAAAUUCAUAAUAACCUCUUAGUUAUAGUUGGCUUUCGGUGUGUAGUUGUUAGGUCAUAUCAACUUAUUAAGAUACUAAUGACCAUAAUUAUAAGCCACCAAUCUUAUUGCGAGUACAUGGACACUUAAAUUCUGUUCUAUAAAGGGACAAAGGUUUAUAUUUUUCCUUUUAGUGGACAAGGAUAGUUGAGUACAGAGCACUGGGAUUCACCUGAUAUCCAUUGAAAUUUUGCAUUCAGAGCCCAGCAUCAAUACUUUGAAUUUCUUGACCACGUGUGUAGUCUGUUUGUAGGAUGCGAGUAAAAAUAUAUGGAUGUUAAAAGGAAUAUGCGGGACUGUUGCAAAACCGUCUGGGUCGAGCGUCGCGUUACGCCUUGCUUCUCUUGAGCCAGUAUACAUUCACAAAAGAGCUGGAUAACACUAGUCUCUCCCGUUGUAGCAUUUCGAGAGAACGGUAUUUAAAUUGUAGACAACAUUUGGUACGUGUAAGGAAGUUACCUGUAACUGGAAUAUACAGUUACAGUAAGAAUUGCGUCUAAAUUUAGGUUGAAACUUGAUUGUCCAGCUACCUGAAACACUAGCAUGCUGAAUGCUCACAAAACUGACUAAUCUUCGUAACCUAGUUGGAUCUGUUGUUAUGAUUAUCGUUUUUUCUACUGAUUUAUGAUGUUUGUUGAGAAACUAAUCUUAGACAUAUCGCUGUUUGUGAAAGAGCGCUAGUGAAGAGUCUUUCUAGAACGAAAUGACCAUCUAGUCCUUUCAUAUUUCAAUUGUUGUUCAAACUAUGAUCAGCUCGUCAUUUGAACUGCGGAUGUUUGUUUUUAUCUAAGAUUAUGAUUCAGUCUGUCCGUUAUUUUGCCGAUAUUCGUCAUUCCUAUCGUGUUUUGCGUUUUUGGCUUUGAAAGCCUAAGAAUUCCGGUUGUCGCAAAAGUGUAUUUCUGUUGUGACUGUUACUAGUUCGCAACAUUGUUAAAACUCGUAACAGGUGUCACUAUAAGCAUUAAUUCUAAUAGUUGUGGGAAGGUACCUACCAGCGCAUCGCUGACGGAAACGAAAACAAUAUUUUUACCAUAACGCUUAUCACAGUUCUGAGGACGAUAGCCAUUCGGUUCACUUCAUAACUGCUAUUGGCAAAGAAGCUCUUAGUUUUUAGGAAGGUUGUGCAUAUACUGGUAGUCCUUUCCAUUCAGCAAGCUAAAGUGGUCACUGAAAGUUCAUUUUCACGGGGAAGACAACUUUUCAAUAAAUUAGUUCGUUCUCCGAGUUAGGCUACCAUACAUUUCAUACUACAGGUUUAAACGCAUGCUUUUAAGCACAAUCCCAUUAAUCAGCUGCAUACUUAGAUUAGUGACUGCCUAGUUGUUAGUAAAAUUAACACUAAACUACCGAAAACUUAAGUAGAUUUGUCACUGCCUUUUUUAGCCAACUGAGGAUUGCUUUAUGUAUGAUGUCAGUUGAGACCAAAGUGAUACUGUUUUGACAACAUGAUGUGUCGAUAUUGUAUGGAAGCAAGUCUAUUGCUUCAUGGAACACUCAAAUUUCUUCUGUAGGGGUUAGAUGAAGUAGAUUUUUUUGUAAUUAGUUUUGGUAAUAUUUGCACUUUUCAUCAAUUACUUCAAUAUGUACAAUCACCACUAUUACCUGUAAAAUUGUCGUUCAAGAAACGUGACCCUUUAUUUUUCUGAUUUGUGAACACAAAACAUGACCCACUGAUUAUCGUUCACAAAUACAUCGCUGUUUACAUGGGCUAUUCUACUUUCUGAACAAACCAAUCUAUUCAUUCUUUUCAAGCCACAUUUUAACCUUUCCCUUAGCUUAUUUAGCCUAUCUUUAUGUGACUAUAUGUGUUAAUUACUUACCCAAAAAUCACUUCGGAUUUGUGACAAUUACAAGGAUUAUACAACCAAAACACUUAAUGAUGGCGGGUAAGGACUAUCUUAUUUGGACAGGAAAACUGAAUCAUUCUCACUUACUACUGCCUUCAACAGUCCAUCAAGUUUAGUGAGCAAACUAAUCACUAACGUAUUCACUUUUCACUUAUUUAUUAUUGACAAUGAAAGAACGGUGUCAAUGAUUUCCGAGACGAGACUUGUUUUUUCUUUAUAAUGAUGCCCUUUAAUACACACGUAUCUUGCUCACUGACCAUUAAAUACUUUUUGUUGAUCCAGAUAUGUGGUGUUUGCAUGAACUAAUUGUUUCUUUCCACUUGAUGACCGCCUGAUUUUGAAUUCCGAAUACAACACGUUCGUUCGUGCACAUAUAGUUCUUGAUUAAAUUGCGUAAUUCAUGGGAUUCCUAUUUUGUACUAUAGUUUAAAUACUUUAAGCCAUCAUGUUAAAGCCUGUGAUGGAACAAUUGGACAUACAUUCAGAUUUCGAGGAUUACAUGAAAAUGUUCGAAAUCUGGCCUAUGAUCAAGGAAGAUGUUGAGGACGUCAACAUUAUGGCCCAUUUCCUUACGUUAAUCGGGAAGCAAGCAUGCAGCUUAAUAAAAUAUUUGGUAUUUCUAGACAAGCAGAUUUCACUCCCUUGUGCAACUCUCAAGAAAUUACUACUAGACUACGUAAAGGAGGAAAAUCUCGUAAAAUGAUCCAUCAGGACAUCAAAUAUUCUACUACAUUACUACGUAAUUUCAAUCCAUGCGUACUGAAGGUUAUGUAUGUAAUUCAUCGGGGAAAUGUGGUGCAGGUCAUGAAGAUGGGUACAAGUUUGGUAUUUGUCCUGUGGCAAGUUUCACUCACUUAUUUCGUGUGUAUUUCGUAAUUCUAAAUGCUUUUAAUGUGGUGAGAUUCGACACAUCUACCAGUUCGUAAUACUACUGUUCAUUUUGCUGCAACUAGUAAAAACUUUGUAAUUUUGGUCCUUUUGAGUCGAGUGUUUCUAGUGAUCAUUUAUCUUUACCCACCUCUUCGGAAAACAGUAUCGAAUCAUAUAGCAGUUCAUAGUUAGACGAAACUUAGAAUCAUUGUAAAUCAAAAGCUUCUAGUCAAUCAACUUUAUAUCGGGUUUCUCAUGUCAUUGUACCAAGUAUGGUUUGUCCUAACUAUUCACAUAUUUUUGAUGAAAUUUCUUAUUCACCUGAGGAGAAUAUGUUGAAUGUAUCAAAUCAUGCUUGAAAAUCUGAUACAGUUUUGAUAAGUGCUGAAUUUUGUAAUGGUCCAUUACUCUUUAAUGACAUUCUUAAUAAAUUUCAGAAAAAUAUUUCAAAAGAAUCAGAUCUUGAUGUCAUAUCCUAUGUCAUUUAUCCUCAUAACGCAUUUUCUUCUUGCGAUAAACUUGUUCACUAGGAAGCACUAAAUGAGUUCGACUUUGAUUACAAUUCGGGUGAUUUUAUAUCAUUUGUUAUCUAUCUUUAUCAUGAGGUCACUUAUAAUGAAUACUCUAGUCAAUGUGAGAAAUAUGUUUUAAAUAAAGCCACUUUAUCCAUAGCUUGAGGAUAUAAAGACCCAACAUUAUUUCGUGGGAGAGGAUAGUGUCCGAAUAUAUACGGUUCGAAUUCUAGAUAUCUAUGGGUUUAGCACACAGUCGACAUAGUGAUUGUAUACAAUUCCAGGAUUCAGAUUAUACCGUCCCCCCUGCAGCUGUUAAUUUUAAUACUAAUGUGUACAUUCUAGAUCAUACAGAGUCUACAUCCAAUACACUGUUGAUCAGACACAGAAUGAACACAAGGAGAAGACGUACAAUCGAUUACAGAAACUUAGACGGAUAUGAGGUUUGUAUGAACUAAUGAUUACUUUGUAUUUGGUGACUGUUUGAUUUUGAAUUCCAAAUACAAUACGUUCAUUCCUGCUC